CUUUCUUUCUCACCACCACGUUCUCGAAUAUUGAAUAUAUCCGUACCAAUGAAUGGCUAGUUUCCAGCUCCCUGACAUACUCAGCUACAGUCGAUCUUUUGAUCUUCGAGCCAACAAGCACUGUCGAAGGAUAACCGAUGCGUCAGAGGCGUGGAUCCGCAGCCAGGAGCCUCCGAUACUCAAUGAGGAAGAGCGGGAAACGUUGGUUGGCGUGAAAGCAGGUCUUCUCACGUCGCUGUGCUUCCCGACGUGCGAUGGACCUCAACUCCGUCUCUUUACAGACCUCUGUACUCUGAUGGUCUAUUCCAACGCACGGCUCUGGCGCCAACCUUUACGGUCUUGUUGGUCUGGUGAUGGCACGGGGAAUGGAGUCGACCUUUUUGCUGGUCACACGAUAUUGAUGCAUCUUGUCCCUCGCAUCCAGAAGAUAUACGACAAAGAAUCUCAGAUGUGGCAGAACAGAUUCACGGACUCCGUUAGGACCUACCGCUCUGCACAACUCCAGGUCAUGGAGAACCCGAAUUAUAUCCCUCCGAUUGCAGAAUAUCUCGAACUUUUGCCAGACUUGAGCGGUAUCAAGAUCGUCCUCGACUUCAUAGAGCCUGCCGAAGGGCUGGAUAUUGAGGGAAAGACAUCUGAGGAUGUUGUUCGUCUUCGGCAGCAUGCGGUCAACAUUGUCGCUUGGACCGUAGACAUCGUCGGGUACAACGUAGACCAGUCCAUCAACAAACGGUACAACCUCGUUUCUCUUCUCAUGACCCAUAAGCGCUUGCCGGUGCAGGUUGCCGCCCAGCAAGCAGGAACGAUGGUGAAAAAUGCCGUCGACAGUUUUCUGGAGACAGAGGCUCGAAUUGUGACAGCUUUAAAGCAGCCUCCGACUUCUUCGGGCCGCUUUUCAUGGAUAUGGAAUACAUUGACGCCUGCUGAGAGCACCGCAGAGGACAAAAGCAGCGAAAAACGGGAAAUUGAUGACCUCAUGCUGUGGAUGCAGGGACUUCGCGACUGCAUCGUAGGUCAUACGAACUGGGUCUACGAGACGGAUGUGUUUUUUGGGACGAAAGGAGAGGAAGUACGAGGAUUUGGAUGGGUUUUUUUGCUCCCCAAGGCAAACACAGCUGGUGCUUAGAGGUAGCGCCAUUCGUCACCCCGUCCGGCACGGCAGGAAUCAUUUCUUCGGACCUGAACCGGUAUUUAAUGUUCCCGGUCGUAACUGACUUGAACAAGAGCAACCAAGAUAUCAGUCUCAAAGGUAGUCCCAAGCCUGGAGAGGCACAUACCUCGCUGGGGUUUCCCUGCAGCUGCAUCCUCAUCCGCCACCAAAUUGUCCUGAAAAUGUGAC